UCAAGUUCAAUUUUUUGGGUGGGUGUUUCCUCCAUCACACCUCGUCCCUUCUACUCGCCAGUUGUGUCUGUUUAACCCACUUUACCUCUCUUCUCUCUCACACACGCACUCACACACACUCUCUCUCUCACACACGCACUCACACACACUCUCUCUCUCUCACACACACACACACACACACUCUCUCUCUAUUUCGUCUUCCUUCCUCGCUCCUUGCAGCGCAUCGUCCUCCUCUUCCUCUUCGGCUGCUGCAGCUCUCGGACUCUUCUCACUCUCCGCUUCCUGUCCUUCUUUUAUUUCCUUCCUUUCGUUUUUUUCUCUUGUUCUGCUUGAAGAAGAAAGAAUGACAAGAGUUUCCUUUCGCCGGUGCGGCCACAUGACUCCGCUGCGGGCUCAUCGGGUCUGACGCGCCUGUGACCUGUCCAUGGUGCUGAACACGCGUUUCCCACGAAGAGGAGGAAGAGGAGGAGGAGGAGGAGGAAGAAACUAACCCGGCUCUCUCUCGGCUGCUGCGGCGACGUUUUCCACAGACAGUCAGUAUUUCUUCUGCAGGAGGGAACAUCUCGUCUCGUCCUCGGGCUUUUGAGAAUUCCCAUCAGAAGGAGUUGAUGCUGUAGGAAGAAGCAUCGAUUUGAGGAGGACUCGUCUUUUUCUUUCCGCUUGUUGAGACUGGAGAUAUUUUUCCUCUGUGAAGAACCAGGGAGCUGGAAAAUUAUUCUUAUUCCAAAAAACAUUUUUGGCGCUGGGGAAGGGAGGGCUCGUUCUCCUCUCCUGGAUCAACUGAGACUUGAACACCCACAUCCUCCUCCUCCUCUCCUCCCUGAAAUACAAACUUGUCCUGAAUACCAAAUGGUAGUUUGAGGAGGCCGCGCGAUUCGAGACAAUGGAGGCGUCUGCCAACGGGUCCAGUUUCGGCAUCGACUCGCUGCUGUCCCACAGGCCCGGCAGCCCGGUGUCCAAGGGGGGCAGCCUGGCCGGCGAGUGCCGCUCGCCGCUGGAGUUCAGCCCGUCGCGCUCGGACGCGGAGAGCGGCUGCUCGUCGCCGCCGCCGUCGCCGUCGUCGAGGCGGGAGUGCGUGGACGAGGCGGGCCAGAGGCCAGGUCGCGGCGGCGGCCACGGCGGCCACGGCGGCCACGGCGGCCACGGCGGCCACGGCCUGCCGCCGCACCUGCAGCACGCGCAGAUCUCGGCGGGCUCGCAGCAGCGCACCGUGACCUCGUCGUUCCUCAUCCGGGACAUCCUCGCGGACUGUAAGCCCCUGGCCGCGUGCGCGCCGUACUCCAGCAACGGGCAGCCGACGCAGGAGGCGGGCAGGCUGGUGUCGAAGAUCGCGGACGACUUCAUGGACAAGAUCCACAGCAACUCGUCGUCCGACAGCGAAUAUAAAGUGAAAGAGGAGGGCGACCGGGAGAUCUCCAGCAGCAGGGACAGCCCCCAGGUGCGGCUGAAGAAGCCCCGCAAGGCGCGCACGGCCUUCACGGACCACCAGCUGGCGCAGCUGGAGCGCAGCUUCGAGCGGCAGAAGUACCUGAGCGUGCAGGACCGCAUGGAGCUGGCGGCGUCGCUCAACCUCACCGACACGCAGGUCAAGACCUGGUACCAGAACCGGAGGACAAAGUGGAAGAGGCAGACGGCGGUGGGACUCGAGCUGCUGGCGGAAGCCGGGAACUACUCGGCGCUGCAGCGGAUGUUCCCGUCCCCGUACUUCUACCCGCAGAGCCUCGUGUCCAACCUGGACCCCGGCGCGGCCCUCUACCUGUACCGGGGCCCCUCGGCGCCGCCGCCCGCCCUGCAGAGACCGCUGGUGCCGCGCAUCCUGCUGCACGGCCUGCAGGGGGGCAGCGAGCCGCCGCCCCCUCUGCCCCCCAUGUCCGGCGUGCUGCCCCGGCCGGGCCAGCAGCGGUGAGCCGGCCCCCCUACUGCAGCCAGGGACUCGGGGAGAAGAUUUUUUUUUUAAAACGAACAAAGAGAAAAAUAAAAAACUGAUCAGCCUUUAUGAAAAGAAAAGGAAAAGGACUGAACCCUGUGGACGCAGCAAGGACUGAAACUCAAACUGUCCACGAGGGAGGAUUGUUUUUCUCUCUUUCUUCUUUUUUAAAAAGGACAUCCAUUUUAUUUAUAACUUAUUUAUUUUUCGUUAUGAAUCAAAGUAUCUAAGUUAUGUAUUUAUUUGAUCCAAGUUUCAGUAUUUGUCCGUGUUUUUUUUACCAACAGAUGAAAAAAAAAAUGUUGGUGGCACUUUGACCUACACAGCUCAGAGCCAAUUAAGACCCCUAUUGGCUUAUUACCAUAAUUAUUAAUACUGUUAUCAUCAUCAUCAUCAUUAUUAUGUGGACGUUCGUGGCGGAAACCGAGAUCUUCCAUGUGAUUUGAAUAUGAGGAGAUCCAAAGCAACAAUUACUUCUUUUUUUUUUUUAAUUUCUUUUGUAAAUUUCAUUUUUUUUUCUCUAGAAGAAGAGCAGCAGUCAUAAACCUGUAAAUAAGAAUAUUUUGCAUUUUAUUCGAAAGAGACUGGUUUUAAAAGAUUUUUUUUUCGUUGGUUUGAUUUGUUCAUUUUGUGAGUCUCUCCUCAGACCACGGUGAUCCAGUUCAACAGACUAGGCUAGAUGAGCCAUCAGAAACUAUACAUGCGAGGGAGUCAGAGAAAUAAGAUAAUAUUAAAAAUAAUAAUGAUACAUUUAAGGAAAAGAGGAAAAGGGAAGGAAAACCUGCCUGGGACCAAACACGAGCUACAGAAAGAAAAGAAUAUAUCAAAGUCUUCUUGUUCUUAGUUGAGUAAAAAUGUCGUCAUUUAUUAAAGACAAAAUUUUUUAAAAAAGGCAGAGGGGUAAAAGUGGGGGAGGCAAAUCACCUCAGAGAUGUUUUAUUUUAUAUUUUUAUUUUUCGGAUCGGACUGCGGGUCCACGUGCAGCUGGAGCCGCCUGUUGAUUUGCUCUCGAUGUAUUUGAACAGACGUCUUUGUGCAUUUUACUUAUUAUUUGAAUUAGUAUUAUUUUGGUUAUUUCAUAUGACGCCGUGAUUAAUGAAAAAAAAACAGCCCUUAACUGUUAAUACUCUCUCUCCUUUGGUGAAAAUGUAUAUUGCAGAUAUCAAAAAACUUGUGGAGUGGUUCUCGUAUAUUUCCUGGAUCGUUUUUUAUUUGUAUUCUUUUAUUUUUGUUUACUUUUAUUUUUAUUCCUCUAACGCUCCCUCCUAAUUUCGUGAAGUUAAUUUUUUUUUUUUUUUGGUGAAAUUCACAGCAAACGUUGGGACAGGAAAAAAAGGGGGAGGGCUUUGAUGUAAAAGAGAAUUACUUUUAUAAAUGUGGAAAAUAAAAGUCUUUCAUUUAA